AACUUGGAACAUGACAUCAAGUUUGGGCCCAUGCUGCUACAUCAGAAGGCCAUGUCGGUCCUGCUGGUGUUUGGGCGGGAGGAUCGCCAGUCGGACGGGUUCUGGUGGGCGGCGGAGAAGCUGGGCUACAGAUGUAACAUCACCAGUAGUCCAGAGACUGCCCUCGAGACCUACCUCACCCACAACCACGACACCGUCAUCAUAGACGCCAGGCAAACCACCACCAACACCAACAGCAGCAACAGCAGCAGCAGCAGCAAAACCACCACCAGCACCUUCGACGCGGAGGCUCUGUGCAGAUCUGCUGAUCAGGAGGAACAGCCUAUCUUUUCUCUCAUAAAGGCUGGCUUCACUCGGCGGUACGAAGAGAACGCCAGUGUGACGGCGUGCAUGAAUGAGCUGCAGACUCUGGAGGUAGGAGAGGUCCGCUGUCGUCUACAGCUCAAGGCGUGUGCGGCACUCUUCCAGGCUCUGGAGAAUGUGUCUGAGGCUGUGGAGGUGACCAACACUGACCACGAGAUACAGUUCGUGAACCAUGCCUACGAGCGAGUGAGCGGCUACAGCAGUGAGGAACUGCUGGGCAGGGACUCCAACCACCUGAACAAGUCAGACAAGAACCGGGACACCGCAGAGUCCAUCCAUGGCCAUAUGAAAAAGGGGAAGCACUGGGAGGGCACGUACUACACUCGGCGGAAGAGCGGAGACACGAUACCUUUCCACUGUAAAGUCAUCCCGGUGUUGGGGCCCACUGGGCAGCAUGAUGUCGUUUCCCAGGAGAAGAGAGUCAGUCGUGAGGGCCCACUCCAUGACCAUAGAGGCGCCCAUCACUAAGGUAAUCAACAUCAUCAAUGCAGCACAAGAGAACUCCCCGCUCACCGUGGCUCAAGCCCUGGACAAAGUCCUAGAGAUCCUCCAGACGAGUGAGCUCUACUCUCCCUUCCAGACCCAGGACAUCCGGCCGGACGAUGACCCCGUGGCCUCAGACCUGGUCGAUGGUCUCAUGUCGCUCACCACGGCCACAGCCACAUUCCGUCCAGCCCGGCCUACACCCUCUCCCAGGUGCCAGAGCCCGUCAUGAACGUUCUCAACCUGGACUCCAGCUGGGACUUCGACAUCAUCGCGCUGGAGAGACUCACCAAUAAAAGACCUCUGGUUCAUCUUGGGCUGAAGAUUUUCUCUCGCUUCGGUGUCUGUGAAUAUCUCAAUAUCAGCGAAACCUGUCUGGUCAACUGGCUACAGACGAUCGAGGCCAACUACCACGCCAAGAACUACUACCACAACUCCACUCACGCCGCCGAUGUUCUCCACGCCACCGCCUACUUCUUGGACAAAGAGAGGUCAAGGGUGGAGGCUCAUGAGGCUGACAUGAACACGAUCCUGACAGAUCUGUCGUCGCACGAGAACAGAACGCUCAUCAAACGUAUGAUGAUUAAGUGUGCGGACGUGAGCAACCCUCUACGACCUUUGUCGCAGUGCAAGGAGUGGGCCUACAGGAUAGCUGAAGAGUACUGUCAGCAGACGGACGAAGAGAAAAGUCGAGGCCUCCCAGUUGUCAUGGCUCAAUUUGAUCGCAAGGUGCUCAAUAUCCCGAAGUGUCAGCUGGCUUUCAUCAACUUGUUCAUAACCAACAUGUUUGAUGCUUGGGACAUCUACUGUGAUAUUCCGGAACUGAUGAACCAUUUACAGCUCAACUACGACUACUGGAAAGAUCAACAAGAGCUGAAAGAGAAAGAACAGAAGUCUUCACAAGGUGUUGACAACAGUUAAUACUAGUAUACCAGUAGAGAUCUAACUCUUACAGCCAUACGUGAUGCUUUAGCAAUGUCGUGGACAUCCAACGUUCAUGCACUGUGGAUUAUGUUGCCCGGGAAUCUGAGAAACGUACUAUAUAAAGGUCGACAAAAUGGUCGGAUGAAAGUGUGCGGUGUGCAUAUAUUAUAUAUAUAUACAUGGACAGUACAAGACUUUACGUCAAGCGAGGUGAGGAGCUUAUAAAGCCGAGAGUUGUGCAAAGUGGCUAGCAGCAAGAGUCGCCGAAUCUCUUGUGAGUGUCCGAAUGAUUGCAAAACCUGGCCCGCUCAGCUGUGAUCUCUAAAAAUACAGUAGUAGAUUUAAAUAUUUCCGUUAUUGUUGUUGUUUUCCUCCAAAUACUGUAUCAUGUGAAUUGUGUUGCUGCAUAUACGCGUUUUUUUACUCGUCCUUUUCUGAGUAGAAGAAGGUGGUACAAGUGGAGUGUAGGUGUGAAGAAAGUGUGUGGUUUUUUAUGAGUCGUGUUUUGUCAACGUUUUCUCAGCACACGCGUGUGUGUGUGUGUGUGUGUGUCAUUGCUGCGCCAUCGAAAAUCUAAUCACGUUCUAUUUUUGUCAGACAUACAAUAGUGAGGCAACGUGGUGAAAUCAGGCGCCCGUCAAAAUAAAGAAAGUGAAAAAACUGGCUUUUUUUCGCAGA